UGGGUGCUGCACCGGAAGUAUCGUGCGCCCUGACCACUCCUCAUGGCCGCGGUGGCUGGUUGGACGCGGUGCGGUGUUCACUGAGCUGCGAGCCUGGCGGGCGUGCGCCGACCUCCGGCAGGCCUCCGCGUGCCCCCGGGCUCCGCACCCCUAAUGCUGCGCGAGUGCUGAGCCCGCCCCGGCCGGGACAAUGGUGAAGUAUUUCCUGGGCCAGAGCGUGCUCCGGAGUUCCUGGGACCAAGUGUUCGCCGCCUUCUGGCAGCGGUAUCCGAACCCCUACAGCAAACAUGUCUUGACGGAGGACAUAGUACACCGGGAGGUGACCCCUGACCAGAAGCUCCUGUCCAGGCGACUCCUGACCAAGACCAACAGGAUGCCCCGCUGGGCCGAGCGACUGUUUCCUGCCAAUGUUGCUCACUCGGUGUACAUCCUGGAGGACUCUAUUGUGGACCCACAAAAUCAGACCAUGACCACCUUCACUUGGAACAUCAACCAUGCCCGGCUGAUGGUGGUGGAGGAACGCUGCGUUUACUGUGUGAACUCUGAUAACAGUGGCUGGACCGAAAUUCACCGGGAAGCCUGGGUCUCCUCAAGCUUGUUUGGCGUCUCCAGAGCUGUCCAGGAGUUUGGUCUGGCCCGGUUUAAAAGCAAUGUGACCAAGACUAUGAAGGGGUUUGAGUAUAUUUUGGCCAAGCUGCAAGGUGAGGCCCCUUCUAAAACACUUGUAGAAACAGCCAAGGAAGCCAAGGAAAAGGCAAAGGAGACGGCACUGGCAGCUACAGAAAAGGCUAAGGACCUUGCCAACAAGGCAGCCACCAAGCAGCAGCAGCAGCAGCAGUUUGUGUAGCCAUCCUAGCCUUCCCAGCACCACCGCCGCCCCACACCAGACAAUCCAGCUCCACCCCUUCUGGCCUAUCCCCAAUGUGCUUUCUUAUUAAAAGUCAGCUUCCAGCCCU